AUGGCAGAUGAUCUAACAAAGAUGUGGGGGAAUUUUUCCCUCUCUGAUGAGGAAGGGGAGGAGUUGGAGAUUAAGAGUAUCUCCUUGGUAGAUUCGGUGAAAAGAGGCCAAUCUUGCUUGGUGGGAAAAUUGGUGUCGGAUAGGAUGGUGAGCAAGGAGAUCAUCCGAUCGAAAUUGAUCAGAGGAUGGCGGCCAACUGGAUCACUAUCUUUCAAAGUCCUAGGGGACAAUCUAUUUCUGCUUGAUUUUGAGCACUCCUGGGAUAAAUCACAUGUGUUGGAAGGGCGUCCAUGGGUCUUCGAAGGGAGUCUUUUUGCUGUGGAGGAUUUUGAUGGGGUGACGCCGCAGGCAGAGAUUGAGUUCGAGAAAGUUGCUUUCUGGGUUCGAAUGCUUAACAUGCCUCUGGCAUGCAUGUGCAAGGACGUCGGUCUUCAGAUUGGUGCUUCCUUGGGCAGUGUAGAAGAGGUGGAUACAGAUGAAGAAGGGAUUGGGUGGGGGGAAUAUCUUCGGGUUAGAAUUAAACUAGACCUAAAGAGGCCUCUACUCCGUGGAAAAACGCUCAAGGUUGAGGGGCGAGUUGUCAAGGUGGUCUUUCAGUAUGAAAAACUGCCAAGAUAUUGUUUCCAUUGCGGAUGCAUCAGUCACGGGAGGGCAGGCUGUCAAAGCCCAAAGAGAGCUCUGAUGAAGGGGGAGAAACCUCGAUUUGGUCCCUGGUUGAGGGCUGAGUCUCCAACGAGGAGGCGUGAGAGAGAGUGGCACUGGCGUGGUGGCUCGGGGGAGCAUGGUGGGGAGCGGUUCUCCAUGACAGGGGGUAGUUACUUUCAGCAUACUGCAGGAAAUAAGUCGAGGAAAUAG